UUCUCAUCAGAUCUACAAAAUAUGGGAUAAGGCAAAUUUGAGGCUUUUGCAACGACGCUCGUGAGGGUACAUUUACAGCUCUAUGAACUGCGGGGACCGCCGUUCCGUGCGGAAGAGGAGUAUUAGCGCCCUAAAAAAGAGAAAAUAAAAGCUGUGUGUUAGCUGUUUACAGUGUUUAUCGCCAUCUGACUUUAUAAAAAUAACUUUUUAAAGUUAAAAUGUGCAACGGCUGUGUGCAAAAGGAAUACCCGGACCGGGGGAACACUUGUCUGGAGAAUGGCUCUUACCUGAUGAACUACCUGUGCUGCGCCAGCUGCCAUCAGAGGGACUUUGUGCUGAUCAGCAAUAAAGCCACCGAGGAUGAUGAUGGAGAGGAGAUCGUCACAUAUGACCAUGUUUGCAAAAAUUGUGACCAUGUCAUCGCCAGGCAUGAAUACACUUUCUCCGUUGUUGAUGAAUACCAGGAGUACACUAUGCUCUGCAUGCUGUGUGGAAAGGCAGAGGACUCCAUCAGUGUGUUACCAGAUGACCCCAGACAGUCUGCACCUCUCUUCUAGACCUCAAACCUGCAGGUCAUGAUUCACUUUGUCACCACCACGGACGUGUUGCUGGCUGACGUCUUCGGGGUUCCAACCCUUUUUAUAAUACAUUCAAAAUUUGAUGCAUGUCUUUAAUUAACACCAUAUUUUAAGUCCUUGCCUGUUUAUAAACUACUGUGUGUUGAUAUCAGUUGAACAGGACAUAUAACGUUUUAUAAUCCUCAAUGACAACAAAUAUUCUGUAUGUGAAUUGACGAUGUACUGUAAAUAAACAGUUUUUACCUGCA